AUGUCUUUCAAAGGUAUCGGACGCGGCACUGCAAUAGCUUUGGCAGAGGAAGGAUGCUCAAGGCUGCUGCUGGCGGACAUCGACUAUAAUGGACUAGAAGAGACUAAGGAGCAAAUACAACGGAUCAAUCCGUCAACGGCCGUCCACAUCCAACGCACUGACAUCUCUGACGAAGUCUCUGUGCAGCAGAUGGUUGAUGCUUGUGUCUUGGUAUUCGGCCGCCUGGAUUAUGCUCUUAAUAUUGCUGGUGUGGUUCCCCAGCGAAAAGGUAUCGCUGAGGUCGACCUGGAGACGUACGAUAAAGUGAUCAAUGUCAAUGUACAUGGAACCUGGCUCUGCCAUCGAGCUGAGAUCCGACAAAUGAUGAGACAGCCGCCCCUCGAAGGCCAUGGCCAAACGCGAGGGAGCAUUGUCACAGUUUCAUCCCUUGCGGGGAUGAAUGCAUCCAGCGGCAUGUCAGCAUACUGUGCUUCGAAACAUUCGCUGAUCGGACUUGCCAAAGCCGAUGCGCAGGACUACGGGCCCCAUGGAGUUCGAAUCAACGUUGUGUGUCCCGGUAUGAUCGACACCGAGCUCUUUCGCCAGACGAGCCCCGCCGACGCGCCGCCAAAACUGGUCGCAAUCACGCCAAUCCGCCGUCUUGGAAUGCCUGAGGAUGUCGCCUGGCUCAUGGCUUUUUUAUGCAGUGCGAAAUCGAGCUUCGUACAUGGCGCAGUGAUUCCCUGUGAUGGAGGACUGGUGCUGCAACGGGGGGUGAUCUAG